CUUACUAUAGACAGUCGGCUUUGCAUUUUUCAACAGUGUUUUGAUAAUUUUUUUCACUUUUUAACAAACAAAAUUUAUUAAACUUAACAAAACUUUAUUAAUAAUUUAAAGAAAUAAAGAAAACACCUUAAUUAAACAAGAGCUAUCAAUAAUUCUUAUUUUUCUGCCUAAAGAAUGAGUCCACGUUCACGUAGUCGUUCUGUUACUCCACGUCGCUCGUAUUCCCGCUCCCCUUAUAGACGCUCUGGACGCCGCCGCUAUAAAUAUGAUUCACGCAGUAGUUCCAAUUCUAGACAUCCACCAUCACCACCUCCUAUAACAACUGGCCGACACAGUGGUCGCUAUUCUAGUGAUAGUCGUAGUACUUCCAGAUCCAUAUCACCCACCUAUAAAAAAAGACAUCACAACAGUCGUCGUCAUUAUAGUAGAUCUCGUUCAAGAACAAAAUCUCCAACACGUUCCCGUUCACGUAAUUCGUAUGAUAGAGCAAAUCGUAGCAAUAGAGAAAAACCUUUACCCUGUCGCUGUAUCGGUGUCUUUGGUUUAAGUGUCUAUACCACACAACUUAAAAUCAGAGAAAUAUUUUCCAAAUUUGGCCCCAUAGAACGCAUACAAGUUGUUAUUGAUGCUCAGACCGGUCGUUCUCGUGGUUUUUGUUUUAUUUAUUAUGAAAAUUUAGCUGAUGCUAAAGCAGCCUGUGAUAAUUGCUGUGGCAUGGAAAUUGAUGGCAGACGCAUACGUGUAGCCUACUCCAUAACCGAAAGGCCUCACACGCCAACGCCUGGUGUUUAUAUGGGUCGACCAGCCAAAGAUUUACGUGAACGUUAUCGUGCCCAAAAACAGCAGCUACAGCAACAACAACGUCAUCAUUCUCCUGUUAGUUAUAGUAGCAAAUCUCAUCAUAGUCAUCGACAUCGUUAUGAACGCAGUCGUAGUCGUUCCUAUUCACCACGUCGUUAUCGUUAUCGAUACCAUUAAUAUAUUAGGCUAAUUUAUAAGCCAAUUUUUGUUUUUUCUUCUACUUGAAUUCAUUUUUUUAAUGUUUAUGUUACUUUAGUUUUAAUCGCUUUUCGCAGCUUGUUUGUGUAAUAAAUUGGUUUAGUUUUGUGGUUGUCUUAUACAUAGAGGUGAAUUUAUCUUUUCACAUAAACUUUUUGUUCUGUACCUUAAUUUCUGAACUUCAGUUUUGUCAUAAUUUUAAUAUAAAUAUAAGUACUUGUGUGCAAGUUUUAUUUUAGUAAUAAUUUAUAACAUAUUUAAACAAGAAACAAUUAUUUUGCAAAAAACUUGUAAAUUUCUAAAAAAUCUAACUCAAAAUAAUUGUUUCUUUAAAAAAAAAACCUUAACAUUAUAAUAAUGUUUGUGUAAUUAUUUAAUUAUAUGUAACAACAAACAACUAGUUGUAAUAU